AUGGAAGCCGUCUACCGCGAGGCCAAGUCCAACCGCACGACGCUGUGGCUGGUCACCGCGUCGGUGCUGGUGUGCGCGUGGGCGUUCUCACUCGACUCGUCCACGACCUCCUACUACUCGGUAGACGCCUCAUCGCACUUCAAGCAGCACAGCGUCGUGCUCUCAACCCUGGCCAUUGUGACGAGCAUCAUCGACGCCGUGAGCAAGCCAUUCAUCGCCAAAAUCUCCGACAUCACCUCCCGCCCCUACACGUACCUCUUGACCCUGUUCUUCUACGUGAUCGGCUACAUUGUCGCCGCGACCUGCAAGACCAUCUCUGCCUAUGUCAUUGGGGAGGUCUUUGUGGCUAUCGGUAGCUCCGGACUUGAUCUGACCAACGAUAUUAUCGUCAAGGAUCUGACGCCGCUCGAAUGGCGUGGCUUUGCGAGCUCUCUGCUGUCGACUCCGUUUAUUACCAAUACCUGGUUUGCAGGGAAGAUUGUCGGUGGUUUGCUCCUGAUCGCGUAUGUGAUCUACGAGAUGAAAUGGGCGCGAGUGCCCAGCGCACCUCGGCGUCUGGUGUUUAACAAGGCUCUUAUCAUGUCAAUCAUCAUUGACAGCAUCUACCUGCGUAAGAUCCUUGAGAUGCACGGGAACCACUUGAUGAUAUGA